UUUUUUUUCCUCCCACAAGCAGGUUCUUUUUCACCCGUGUUGAGUUAUGGUUGUCUGUAAACGCGCAUUGCUGGCCCUGGCCAUAGCGCUGUUGGCAGCCAUGACAGCAGGUAGACCCAAUACUGGGAUAUCGUCGUUGAUGAUGAGGGGCCACCACCAGCAGCGCAUGCGGGCCCAUGCAACCCAGCCGACGGAAGCGGAGGGGGCGACUGUAUCAUCGUACCAGGGCCAGUUAGGUCGCUUGGAGCGGAGUAGCCCGGAGAUAGACGGCGUAGGUCGAAGCGAGUUUCAAAGCGGGAGUGCAGAUGACGCUCCAGUCUCUGACAAGCAGUUGCAGGAGGAGUUCAAGCUGGCUGGCGGCGUGACCCAGGCGGACGCCGGCGGGAGUGAUGAUGACGAUGACGACUUCUCCGACUUUCCAGCUGCGGAGCCAGAAGCUGAUCGGAAGCGAAAACGAUUGCAUUCCAGCAGCAGCAGUCGGAGAAAAGCAGACGGAGGGUUUGAGGACAUGUGGGGCGCUUUGGGGCGUCGGAAACCCGGCAACACUGACUACAUUCAAGACCGGCAAAACAGCGGAGCUGAACUUGACAGGGAACCCGCAGAAUAUUUCCCUUACCGGGAAUUUGGCAAACUGGAAACGAGUUUUGAUGUGACCAGCGGUGACAAGUUAGACAAGAAUUGA